GCUUUACCUGCUUCACACUACACUACACUUCAGCCAGGAUUUAACAUGGGCACUGAGCCAGAAAACAGCGGAGUCCUUAAAGAGGGAUUUUUGGUGAAAAGGGGUCACGUUGUUCAAAACUGGAAAGUUCGUUGGUUUGCACUUAAAUCGGACAGACUUCUUUAUUACAAAUAUGAGGCCGGCAAACGGGAUUCUUGCCAUCGAGGGACCAUUUUAUUGAGGAACUGCAAAAUCACAUGUCCUUACCUGGAAUACGAAAACAGACCGUUGGUAAUAAAAUUGGAGACCAACACAUCAGAAGAGCACUUUCUGGAGGCUUGCAUGAGGGAGGAACGUGAUGAAUGGGCUGCGGCGAUUGAUGCAGCAGUACAGAAACUCAGCCCAAGUGAUGCACAGACUCCUUCCCCAUCGCAAAUAAAAGCGUCCUCAUCUCUUCAGCUUCAGAAUGUCAACCUCAGUCAGGUGGUGGACUCCAUGUAUGACGUUCACACUGGUAUCCGGCACUGCAGUCACAUCGAGCAAGGCAGCUCUUACAGCAACUGUUUCUCAGGUUCAGCAGUGGUGGAUUGGCUUGUGUUUAAUAAGCUGGCUCUGAGCCGUGUGGAGGCAGUAACAUUGGCCUCUGCUCUGCUGGAUGAAGGCUCUCUGCGGCCCGUCGGGAUCAGGAGCGCAGACGCUCUCCGUAACGCUGCUCUCGGAGAACAGUUCCUCGACGACUCCACUGCUCUCUACUGCUUUUCCCAAAGCUUCCAGAAGCGAGGCAGUGUGAAAGCUGAGAAGUCUCGAUCUGCGGUGGAGCUAAGUGGAAAGGUGGUGAAGAGAGGUUACCUGCUCAAACAGGGCCACAAAGUGAAGAACUGGAAGGUGAGAUUGUUUGUUCUGCGGGCAGAGCCUGGUUUCCUGCAUUAUUAUGACCCCAGCAAGGAUGACGUGACUCCAGUCGGCAGUGUUUCUCUGCGUGGCUGUCUGGUGUCUGCUCUGGAUGACAACGGCACACCGGCAGGUGUUAAAGGUAAAGUGCAGGGGAAUCUGUUUAAAAUCAUCACUCAGAUGGACACACACUAUUACAUCCAGGCUCCGACACAUGAGGAGAGGAUGGACUGGAUCCAAGCUAUUAGACGAGUCACUUAAUUAUGCACUUUCAAGCUCAGCGGAUAUUACUGGUAUUAUUUUAACUUUGUUGUUAUGAACUAGUUUAUUUUUCUGUUGUCAGAUCUUUCUAACUAAGGAUCAACAUGUUUUUUAGUAUCUUCAUAUGUAAUAACUGUAUUGUAUUAACCGUUUACUUCAGUCAGUCAAUAAUAUACAUUGUUGUCAAUAACAAACAGUUCAAAUUUAUAUGCAAACAAAACUCAAAAGAAUUAAUUACAGGCUAGUGCUACAAUAUUAGGACGAAUUAUUGUGUAUUAUUACUUGUAAUACUGUGAUAAUGAUUAUUAAUAUUGAUUAAUAGGGUACAUAUUAAAAUACAUUUAUAUGGCACAUUAUAAUUUGGCUACACACACAACACAUUAGUUCUGUACAUUAGUGUAGCAUAAUUUAUCCCCUAUAGUCUCUAAAACAGUCAAAUUAAUACAUUUUCUCAGCAUUUUGUUCUUUAUAAUGACAAACUGCGCAUUCCAAAUGGGAUAUAUCGCCCUCUGAAGGGCACUUGGAAGUGAUAAGAGUCAUGGAUUCCUUAUUGCAGUGUCAUUCCAAAAUGAAGUGCUCAAAACUGUCCGUUUUGAAGUGCCCUUUGGAAUGACAAUAAUGAUUUCUUAGGGUACAACUGAUGACUUCGGGCCAUAAUACUUUGAGCAGGGAUUUGUUUGGUUUUGCACACUGCCUUUAAUUAGGAAGUGCUCAUUUCUAUGCCCUAAUUCUUUCAGAGGGACCCACAGAAGGGAUUAGGACAUAGUGAUGAGGGCUCAUUGGAAUGCAGUAAGGAAAGAGAGUAAUCUAACACCUCUGAUUGGCUAUUGCAUUCAAAGGAAAUGCGCAUGAUUGGUUUUAAUGCAAUGUGCGUUAAUCUAAAUGUAAUGCGGCAAUUGACACUCAUGAAAAUAAAAAUUGAGUCACUAUUUACUCACUCUCAAGUGGUUCCAAACCUUUAUGAACUUCUUUGUUCUGUUUAACACAAAACAAGAUAUUUUGAAGGAUGUUGGAUAUUGGUAACCAUUGACUUCCAUAGCAGGAAAAACAGUCGAAGGAAAUCAAUGGUUACAGAUUUUCAGCAUUUUUCAAAAUAUCUUAUUUUGUGUUCAACAACAUAAAAAGACUUUAAACAGGUAUAGAGAACAGAACAAGUGAAGGGUGAGUAAAGUAUGACAGAAUUAAAAAUUAUGUGUGAACUAUCCUUUUAAUUUCCAAUUGUCACACAUCUAUUUACAAAUCUUGCAGAUUUAAUUCUUGCAAAUAUGUUGUGUGUGUGCAAAUAGAAUAAAAGAUAUACAGUAUUAUUGUCUAUAACAAUUAAAUAUUAAUAAACAGUGCGCCCUCAUCCUAAUUAGCAUGUAAACUUUUUUAUAUCAAAGUGGAGGUGGAAAAGCUGUAUACAUUCAGUGAAUGUAAUGUGAAAGUGUAUUUAAUGAUCAGUGUGAAUUGUACUAGUUUGUUAUAUCUAAUUUUGCAAAGUAAAGUUUUUAUUUGAA